AUGCCUGUGCGAUGCAUCCAUCUCACCAAUAAUCCUGAGAUUUCACGCUUUCGUAAGGAUGAGAAGGGACAUUGCAGAGUUGUAUUAUUUGACUGGUCUCUUCCACCCAAAACACGACGGUCCAAGGUUGACCAGUCGAAUCUCACCCAAUUUCAAGAACUCGAGUGA